CUUGUCACAUUACGGGUAAGAAAAAAGAUUCCACCCUCUAACUUUACUGCUGUAAUCUAACAGUAUUCAUACAGGUAGGGGUCGAGCAGUUCGCCGAGAUCCGCUGAGGCCAUGAAGAGAAGGCUUCAGAAAAAAUACAUCAUCUUGAUUCUAGGAUACUCCGUGGCGCUGCUUUUAAUUCCCUACGUACUAGAUUACCGGAGCAAAUCGUCCCACAUUAAGGAUGGAUAUCAGCAACAAAAGUGUCCCGAUCUGGAGAGCACCAUCGCCCUGUGGAGUAGCACCAGGACGGGCAAUUCAACGGAGGUGGAGGACUAUGGCAACAGGAGUCAGUCCAGAACGCACAUAUACCUCCACGCAACCUGGAGGACAGGUUCCUCAUUCUUAGGGGAAUUGUUUAAUCAGCACCCUGACGUGUUUUAUUUAUACGAGCCCAUGUGGAAUAUGUGGCAGGCGCUUUAUCCAGGAGACGCGGGCAGCUUACAAGGAGCCGUGAGAGACAUGAUGAACUCUCUGUUUAGAUGCGAUUUCUCAGUGUUAAAACUCUACGCAGGCUCGUCCAACAUAAGUACCUCUUUUAUUUUCGGCUGGAAAACAAACAAGGUCAUUUGCUCUGAGCCUCUCUGCAAAGCGUAUAAAAAACACGAAAUUGGGUUAGUUCAAGGAGACGUCUGUAGCAAAUGCCAGCCCAGAGAUAUCAAAGAGCUGGAGAAAGAGUGCAAAAAGUACCCGGUGAUGGUCAUCAAAGACGUGCGGGUUUUAGACUUGGCGGUGUUGGUGCCUCUCAUGCGAGAUCCCGCCAUCAACCUCCAGAUAAUACAGUUGUUUCGCGACCCCAGGGCUGUGCACAACUCUCGACUGAAGUCCAAGCUGGCUCUGGUGAAGGAGAGCAUACAGGUGCUGAGGAGCAAGAAGCAGAGCGACAAAUACAAGCGCCUUCUGGUGCCUAGCAAUAGGGUCCACCGAGCCGAUAACUACGUCUCGAGCGCAAUGGAGUUAAUAUGCGACAACUGGCUCAGCGACAUGUUGCUCGUUAUGAACGCUCCGCCGUGGGUGAGGAGAAACUACAUGCAUUUGAAAUACGAAGACCUGGUGCUCAGACCUGUGGACGAGCUCCAGAGGCUCUAUCGUUUCGCCAACCUCACCCUUUCUAAGAACAUGGAGAAGUUUGUCAUGAACAUGACCCACGGACAGGGCUAUUCUUCAGAUAAACCCUUCCUCAUAUCAUCCAGAGACGCCAAAGAGGCAAUUUACGCCUGGAGGGAAAGGCUGAACGUGGAGCAGGUGAACCAGGUUGAAGCCUACUGCAGUGAGGUCAUGAGACGGCUGGAUUAUCGUAAGAGGAACAUGGACAAUACCUAAAGCCACCAAAACAUGAGUAUAUGGAGCCUGAUGUGCUGUAGGAACAGGAGGACAGAAGGGGAACAGCCUGAGCUGAGGAGCAACACCCCAGGAUCUCCUUCACAGAGCCGUCAUGGGGUAGACGACAGAAGAGCUUGAUAAGAGAGACACUUAUAAACCCACCGACCUCAAAUGAUACUGACAAGAAUCCUGUAAGAAAAAGACUAACAAUAACAGGGAGGAAUCCAGUUCAAAACGAAACGGCUACCAAAGGCUCAGUCCCGGCUGUGUCCCGACAGCCAGAUUUCAUUCGCAAUAAUCCCUGCCCAAUCCCCAGCAGCCCAUAAUCAGCCACACGAGACAGACGCUUGGGUCAUUGCGCAUGCACUAGGCCUGGAGACAGAUAUCCCGUUGGGUGGAUUUCAUAAUGAAAACAUUCCUUGGCAUUCUUGUAUUCGUCAACCACAAAUGAAAAGGGAUUAUGCAUCACUAACACGCCAAUAUCUGUGGUACCACCCAAAAAAAACUGAAGCACAAAGUGCAAUAAAGUAAACUAAAGAGCUAUAGAAAAGGGUGUAGAAAGAGUUUUCCCAAAGAAAAUUCUGACUUCUCUACAACAACUCACAACACUCCCACUGGUGUGAAGUUUCCCAGUUCCCCCCGGACAUCACCAGUUUGUUCUUUUUGUGUGAAGUCUGCAUCAGGCUGUUGCAGACUAUGCAGACUGUUGUGUUCAUCUAUGUAUAAAGAGGAUAGGAUUGCAAUUUGAAUAGUUAAAUGGGCGGAACUUCUAAUCAAACUAAAACACACAAUCAUAUUUUGAGGAUACAGGUGUUAUUGUGCUCUAAUAGAAAUCCUUUUACUGGUCAAGAAAUUUGACGGUAUUAUCAUUUUGUUAACGUUGUUUUGUCACCUUUUAAACAACAUUUACUCUAAAGCUAUGUGAACCAUCAGACUUACUAAAUGAACAAAUCCGUUAUUUAUAAAUAAAACUUGUACAUUCA